AGACGUGUGAUUGCCCAACCCGCAUCGAAGCCAAGCCUCUUCCUCACUUCCUCACCCGAAUCCUCCUGUGUUGUGUUUUUGCUGUCGCUGCCUGUUCACUGUUUCCGAGAAGGACUUUGUGGGAUUCUGGCUGGAGUAGGUAACAGUGGGUUCCUGAUGCCAGUCUGCAUUUCAGCACCUCGCCUGGAGGGCCAUGUAUUGCUUCCGAAGGGAGCCCAAGCUCAGCAAGUCUCAGGAAAACUUUCUGCUGGAAGAGAGCAGGAAAGUGGCAGCUCUGAAUGGGAAGAGACUCGGGUUGCAAGAUGACAAGGACCUGAAGUUCCUUCUGAGGGGGUGUCACCUGCUGAAAAUCAAGUCCAGCUCUUGGAAAAGAGAGAGGUUUUAUAAGCUGCAGGAAGACUGCAAGACAAUAUGGCAAGAAUCAAAAAAGAUGUUACGAUCGCCCGAAUCUCAGCUCUUCUCCAUAGAGGAUAUCCAGGACGUGAGGCCAGGCCAUAAGACGGAAGGGAUGGAAAAAUAUGCCAGGGAUGUACCUGAGUGUCGCUGCUUUUCCAUCAUCUUCAAAGACCAGAGGAAAAACUUGGAUCUUAUUGCCAGCUCUGAAGUGGAUGCCAGCCACUGGGUUACAGGCCUGCGGAAGAUCAUCGACAGGAGCAAUUCUAUGAACCAGAAGCAAAAAUUAAAGCACUGGAUUCAUGCCUGUUUGUGGAAGGCAGAUAAGAACAAAGAUAACAAGAUGAGCUUUAAGGAGCUCAAGAACUUCCUGAAAGAAAUUAACAUCCACAUCGAUGACAGCUAUGCCAGGCAGAUCUUCGAGAAAUGUGACACCUCCCAAACGGACACAUUGGAAGACGACGAGAUAGAGGAGUUCUAUAAGAUCCUGACUGAAAGGAAUGAGAUCGAUCAGAUCUUUGUGAAACACUCCGGUGGCGAAGAGACCAUGUCACUGGGCCAUCUGGAGAGGUUCCUCCGAGAAGUUCAACAUGAGGACGGUGCCGGACCUGAACUGGCACUCUCUCUGAUUGAGAGAUACGAGCCUAACGAAACUGUCAAACAAGGGAAGUGCAUGACCAAAGAUGGCUUCCUGAUGUAUUUGCUGUCUGCUGACGGGAACAUUUUCAAUAAAGCGCACACCCAGGUGUACCAGGACAUGGGUCAGCCACUCAGUCACUACUACAUUUCGUCUUCCCAUAACACUUACCUCAUGGAAGACCAGCUACGGGGGCCUAGCAGUACUGAGGCCUAUAUCAGAGCACUGACCAAAGGCUGCCGGUGCGUGGAGCUGGAUUGCUGGGAUGGGCCAAAUUCAGAGCCGGUUAUUUACCACGGCUACACGUUCACCUCCAAGAUCCUUUUCUGUGACGCCAUCAAAGCCAUCAAGAACUAUGCUUUCAAAACCUCCCCUUAUCCUGUCAUCAUAUCCUUGGAGAACCACUGUAGCCUCGAGCAGCAGAAAACAAUGGCUUACCACUUGCAUACCAUCUUCGAAGACAUGCUCUUGGUGGCACCAAUUGAGUCGAAGACGAACUGCUUCCCAUCUCCAGAGCAAUUAAAGGGGAAGAUUCUUGUGAAAGGGAAGAAACUUAGCCCAGAAACAGAAGAAGUCUCUGAUGAGGAUGAAGCUGCUGAAAUGGAAGAUGAAACUGUGAAGAGUGAGGUGGAGAAGAAAAGGAUGAGUGACAAGCUGAAGCUGGCCAAGGAGUUGUCAGACACGGUGGUCUAUUGCAAAAGCGUCCACUUCCAGGGUUUCAGUGACACGACUCCCCAGGCGUUCGAUGAGAUGUCCUCCUUCAGCGAAGGCAAAGCUCUGAAGCUGGCCCAGGAAUCUGGGAACAGCUUCAUCCACCACAACGUUGGGCAUCUGAGUCGGGUCUACCCAGCCGGAUGGAGGACGGAUUCAUCCAACUAUAACCCAGUUGACAUGUGGAAUGUGGGUUGUCAGAUAGUUGCCUUGAAUUUUCAGUCCAAAGGUGCAGAAAUGGACAUCCACCAGGGCCUUUUCCAAGAAAAUGGCUUCUGUGGGUAUGUCCUAAAGCCAGAAUUUCUGCGAGAUGAGCAUUCCAAGUUCAACCCCAAGUCCAUCACAGAAGGGCCAUGGUGGACCCCAAAGAAACUCCAAGUUACGGUCAUCUCAGGCCAGCAGCUGCCCAAGGUGAACAAAAGCAAAAACUCCAUUGUUGACCCGAGGGUGAUGGUGGAGAUCCAGGGGGUCCAGAGGGACAACGAGAAGAAGCAAACCAGAGUCAUUGAUAACAAUGGGUUUAACCCAAUGUGGCAGGAAACCUUUGAAUUCGAAAUAGAUGUCCCCAAACUUGCGCUGGUUCGCUUCAUGGUGGAAGAUUUCGAUUUGUCGACCAAGAAUGAUUUUAUUGGGCAGUUCACAGCCCCUUUUACAAGUCUGAAGCAAGGCUAUCGGCACAUCCACCUCGUGACAAGGAAUGGCGACCAGUACCCUUCCGCCACACUGUUUGUGCACAUCAAUAUCCUGGACUAAACCCCCAAACCGAAGCAAAACCACCCUCUGUUCUGACUGCUCUCGGGAUCCGUCUGCCGUUCCAAGUGGCUGCGGCUCCCCGGCUGCAGGGAAAGCAGUUUCACGAUUCUGACCUGAUUUUCUGCCAGUGUGGAAUCCCAAACGGCUCUCUGGGGAGCUCACGUGCAUGAAGCAGUCAACCCCCCACUGCUUGAGUGGCACCGUGUAACUCAACUGUCUGCAGUCAGCUUGCCGAUGGUUAACACUGCAGCUUGAAAUAUCACCUGUCCCAUAAAUCUAGCAGCUGUUUUGGAGAGGCAAGAAAAGAGCCAUAAUCUGGCAGGCAUGCUGAGAAGCAUUCAAGAUAAGAGAGGGACAGACCUAGGAGGUGGUUAUAUUAACUUACGAGGAAGACACCCUGGCAUUCCCUCCUCUAGAACUUCUGGAGAAUUUAUUGGAACUGUAGCACUUUCUUCAACUUGUUCUGCUGAUCAAGGUACCAAGACCUCCUCAUCUGAAUUUUUUUUUUUAAAAAAGCCAAGUUGCUAGCCCUCAUGGUUGCUUAGAUAAGCUUAAAAGUGUGCAGGCAAUUUCUGCUGAAAUGUCACAUCCUUUUAACUUGGACUGUGGCUACUCGGCACGGCAAUGUGAUCACUCAAACUUUUGCCCCAUGAAAGCUGGCACUUGCAAGCUGCAUAAAUCAUGCAAAUGAAGCACAUUUGCUUAAUUUUAUUCCAUCCAGUCAAGGGUAGGGUGGUCUGCCUUUUUAUGGAGGAACCCUUCUUCUUUUCACAAUGAGUGGAAGUUCUUCUCAGUAGUGGUUCUGAGAAGCUUCAUUGGACAGUCAUAAUUUUUGUUUUCUUAUGAACUUGAAAACGAGUGCACAUUUGAGGAAAAAAGAUUCAGGCUUGUAAGGCUGUUGAUGUCAGCGGAAAGUUAACUCAUCAUUGGACAAUGCAAUUGGUUAAAAAAAUUAGCCCUAAAUCACAAGCGUGAUAAUAGAAGUAACAGCAUUCUUGGUUCUUCUCUGUCAUGUUCCCAUAUCUGCUCUUUUGGAUCAUGAUGCACUUGUAACUCAGACUUUCCUUGAAAUGAUGAGGACUAGAAACUACAAAAACCACACAUCUAGAAACUUUGAAUCAAAGCCUCAUUAGGCUGUUUAAAAUCUUCUAUGAAGAGUUCUUACCAUACUGCCUCUUUUACAUGACGUGAGAUACACUACAAAAUCUUUGCUCUCGAUGCAACCAAAGCUGAACAAUUGCUAAGCGUUCUGUAGAUGGGCAGCAAGAAAGAUUUAAGUAUGUGCUUAACUCUGCAGAAUUUAAAGGUGCUGGAUCCCUUGCUGCACAUAAUUUUCUGUAGCAAAUUGUGAAAACACUAUUGAGCAAAUCCUACCGUAAAAGCAAACCCACAGACAUGGUAGCUGAAGGCCUGCUUUGCAUCUUGGCCACAGGCUGAAGGUUCUGGAAGGAGAGUCAUCUGGCAAGCGAAGGGGCGUCCGCUCCCCUCUUGACAUGCGGAUUGCAAAGAGGCAAGUCGGUGGCUUAAUUCUGGGACGGUUCGAACUUCCACCCUGAAGGCAAGGCGAGUGAGUGUGAGAGGCCAGACCUGGCUAGUGGGCAUGAUCCAGCCUGCGGAGGUUGCCCAACUGGCCCACUGGCUCCGCCCCUUCAGCAAGCCCCACCCUCUGGCCUGGCAUCUGUUGGGGUCUUUGUGAAGAGGGGAGGGGAGCCGGAAUCCCCCCGUGAGCUCCAGACCUCGAUCACGGAGGGACGGAGGGCACACCGGCUCCUCCAGCACACAGCUGCUGCCCAGAGGUCGAAGGGGCUGGCAGGGGGAAGCCGGCUGCUGGCGGCCGCGCUGGGGAGGUCCAACGACAUCAGGGCGAUGGCUCGCAAGGGCUGGGUGGGCGCUCACAGCCCCGAAUGCCGUUGCCCACCGCUCGCCUCGAGAGCCUUUCGGCUCGCAGAGCGCUGCCCAGCCUCACCCGCCGCCCUGGGAUUCAGCGACUGUGUUUUCAUGCAUGCAAGACGCUGCUGUGGCUGAGGGAGGUGUGGGGUCUCGGCCAGCCGCCUUGCAAAAUGGCCCAGCUCCAGCACGCUUCCUGGGAAACAGCCUCCUCGAUCCCCCCGGGACUUGCACCACCAAACACGCCUCUGGCCAUGCCUGGUGGGGACUCACCCUGUGGACACAGAAACCGGCGUGCCUUGAUUCCCCAACCCAAGCAGGCAUUGCCGCUGGGUUGGGCUUUUCUUUGCUUUUAAUCUGUUUAUAAAAAGGCCAUGAGUAAUCACGAAAGAACCUGCAGGUUGAUUCAGUGGGGAGGGGAUUACUCAGAGGCCGCGGUGCCUUCUUCCCUUACACGGAUCCUCAUGUUUCUGUGAUGAAGGGACCCCAGGGAAGGGUGGCUGCAAACCCCCUUCUCUUUCCUGCCCCAGACCCUUCUCCCCGGGGGUCUGCAGUGCGGAGCAGCAGCGUGGGCAUAUUCCUCCUCGGAGCCCUGCUUAGGUUCUCCCGCACAAGGGGCAGGAUGCAGGGUCAGCCUCCAGCGAGAGGAAGGGCUCCACCCACGGGUGGCCCCCAGCCCUCCACUCCGUUCAGCAGGCUGGCCUGACUCUGGGUGGCUUUCUCAGGGCUGCCCCAGGAAGGCGCAGAGCAAAGGACCUGCUUCCGUUGGUGUCGUCAAUGCGCAAGCCUGGACUCGUGCGACCGGAUUUUCAUGCAGUGCUCUUGCAAUCACCCUGUUGCCUGGUCCAGCCCAGUGCCUGGAUGACACAGUCUUCCACAUCAAUCCUUCUUUUCCCACUGAUCCGCAAAAAGAAAAAGAGAGAAGGAAGGAAGGAAAGAGGCGCACGGGAGCACAUGACAUGAGACAUUAGGGGUGAAUUUCUAAGGCUUCUGCCUGGAAGCACCCCAAGUCUUUGUGGGCCAGGCCUUUCCAACUGCUUCUCUGUUCAUGUAAUGGCUGUGAUCGGGUGGAAAACAAAAAGAAAUGAUAAAAGACAAUUCUGUGAAAAAAACAGUAUUUCACACUAUGCUUUAAAACAUUUUAAAAACUCUAAACAAAGCCAUAGUUAGAAGGAAACUGAUAGCACAAUCUGAAUAACCUAUUUUUAAUUGUCAUGAUUAAAAUGGAAAGCUCUUGAAACUUU